ACAUCGUCCAGCAUGAUGGGCCCUCGCACGAUGGACUCACGCUCUCGCUUGCCUUCUCUUUCUCGCCAAAAGUCAACGAAACAACUCAUCAACCGCUACGAAGCCAUGGCCGGUUCUACUACUCCUGCAGAGCCUACUGUCCCGACAACACUAAAGAAGGACCGACCUUCCGUUCGUCAGUCUUUUCGAAAUCUUCUGGGUCUAUUCAAAAAGGCGGAUGGAAAAAUGAGGCUAAAUAAUGUCUUUUCUGCUAGGCGGUCGCCAUCUGUGUCUUGCCGCGCCGAAUCCUUGGUUUCGCGCAGGUCUUCUUUCGCAUCGACGACACCAGCGCCUUUGUCAGGACCGCUGCUGUAUCUUUCUAGGGUGUCCAUUUCUACCUCGAAUGCUACAACUUUUCCAGUCUGGACUACCUGCACAGGAACCCUUGAAGGCGAUUCUAUCUCCUUGUCCUGGCUCUCGCCUCAAGGGCUCCAAAAAACUCAUUCUGUGUCACUAAAAGGAUGCACAGAUGUUCGAUCCCUUACAGCUGCUCAGUUGGAAGACGAGGAGUUGAUAUUGCUUCCCAGGAAUGAUGGUAUAGACGAAUUGAGGCUAUUUGAGCUAGUAUUCGGAGACAAAGAAACGAAGAAAUUCGCUACGACUUCAGUUCGAGAGCGAGCGAGCUGGGUUAGCGCUGUAUGGGACGUCGUUCUGUCCUCGCAGGAUAUCUCAGGUCGCCACAUGCAAAAAGAUGCGACUGCGGGCCAUGACCAAGACGUGCCUUCCGAAGAUCAUCCAUUACCCCCCUCACCAGCUACGCGCUCCUUGCCUGCACUUCCUGACCACGACGUUCUGUCUCCUUUGUCUUCGGCCCUGCCGGACAAUUCCCUGAAUCCUUCGCAAGCAGGUCAUAGUAUCUCGGAGAAUGAUCGCGAGCCCUGUGAUGAAUCUUCAAUCCGCCAUUCAAGCGGACCCAAGAACGGAUCGAAAUUCCAGAGUAUUCGUGUCGAAGCCAUAAGCGCUGAAAAACCCUUGCCAGACGUUGUGGCGCAGGAACGUAUACACCGGAAAUCGUCUGUUGAAACCGAAUCCAUCUUCGAUGCUUACUACGGCGGCGGUCACUCAAUCUUCCAGGAUGAAUCUCUUCACGCGGCAAAAGCUCCUACGGAACCUACCGAUGCCACCUUCGAUAAUAUACGACCGCUGAAAGACGACCUGCAACAAAUAUCCAGCAAACUCAUUGGCUUACGAGAUAAUGUCGACUCUGGACUGGCUAGUACACGCCAACGUAUUCAAGACAUCAACGUAUGUUUCGGACAUACAGAGACUCUUCUAAAAUCGUUGUCGAACGACCUAGCCAAUAUGGCGGCAGCCGGUCCUUCAGUCCCAUCGGUCAAUUCUCAAAUCGAGCGUCUAAUUCAAGUGGUGGAGACUCUGCAACGUUCCCUGCAUACAGAACUAUCCGGGGUCAAGGAAUCUUUGGACGCUACACGACAGAACCAGCGAUCUUCUGGGCCUGUGACUGCCUCUCAGGAGACUCCUCAGCCCGCUGCUGUGGACGAUUCAGCCUCUGCCAAAGCCAUACAGGAGAAAUUAGAGGCUAUUCUUGCCGUUCUGAAUGACAAAGCUGAGUUGCUAGGUAUUCAAGAGCUUCUGCGAGAAGAAGGGAAUCAACGUGCUCUGCAAGGACAGCAGCAGACUGAUAGUGUCAGAUACCUGAAUGAGUUGAAUUCGUGGCUGGAAUCAUUUGUAACCAAUGGUGCCUCUCAAAUACAGGCCGUGCACGGGGCAGUGGAGCAAAUCCGCCACAUCCUCGGAUGCGACGUCGAAGGCGACCAGGAUCCAGGUUCGCUUUUCAAAUUAAUGCAAGAUAUCAGAACAUGCACGAAUACCCUUCAAACAUCUAUCGACAAUCUGGCCGGAUUCGCCAAUUCCAGGAAUACCUUUAAAUUGUCGAAUGAGAUCAAAGGCGAGAGACUUCGAUUUGUCGAUGCUAUGAAAGAAGCUACAGAAAUUAAUGUGCAAACUCAUGUAGAGGAGUUCAAGAAGGAACUCAAGCGCGAGGUCCAUGGAAUGACGCAAGAAAUAGGCCGUCUCUAUCGGGAACGACAGACCAUGGAGAACCAGAUUGCCGAACUUUUUGCUUUCUACACCAAACAGAAACAGGGCAUACCUUUCGCAGCAAAUGCUGUGCAUCAGGCGCCCUUUGUGCAGGUACCUGAUCCAUCUCAGCGACGCCCCCUUCCCAGCCCACAGAGGUAUAGGCCCGGCUAUUGA